CUCUGUUGACUGUGUGCGUUUCCGUUUGGCUGCCUGUCUCGCUGUAACACAUCCGGACAGCAGCGGCAGCAGCAGCAGCGACAACAGCUUCAUCACUUUCCGCGUGUUUUUCGUCCUUCGCGUCAAAGGCGCUAGACUUACGUACGUGAAUACACGGCGCGCGCGUGUUUAUACGUGUGUGCGUGUGUGUGUUAGUGUUCGGUGUGCAUGCGUACAAGGUUGCUGCUGUGUGUACGGUGAAGUCGUUGUCAUCUUCGCACAGUUCCUUGCGUGAAACACGUACGCCUUUCUCAACAGUGGCCGCUAGUAGAAGCGAAUAAUAAGCAGAGUCAGUGAAAAUAGAAUAGGAAAAUUGCAUUCCAUGCCGAAUUGAUUUUUCACAUUAAAAUACAACUUCCGAUAAAAAUUGUUAGCAAAAAGAAAAACCGAAACAAAUCAGCAUAUUCCUAGUGGCUUUAUGAAGGAAAAAAAAGCAUUUAAAAACGUGUGUGAAAUACGAAAAGUUGUUAUCUAAUAGCUGUUUUUAAAAUGCGUGCGCUUGUGUUGUGAAAGUGUUCUAAAAUGAAGUUAAUUCGGGUUUUUCUUCUCUCCUGCAGCGUGUUAGCAAAAGCUUGCAUUAUCAAAUGAAUGUGACGAAUGUGAUUGAUUGUGUUGCAAUCUUAAUGGUGAAACAUGAUACGGUGCUACGUGAUGUGGUGAAUCAGAUGCGCACGGCUGAAAGUGCUUACCCUAAUGGGCGGUAAACUGGCCCGUGCGAUCUUAACCCGCGUCUGCUAAGUCCAGUUGCACGUGCAUUUUCACGCGCGCGCGUGUGUGUGUGUAGUGUAAGAGUGUCCCGUGUUUAGAUAACUUCUGCAAGUGCCACAGAAUGGGAUGCGGACAGAGCAAGAUCCAUCUCUAUCCGAGGAAAAACAAAAGUAAAUCGAACGGAAAGAAAAGCGGCCAUAUAGAGGAUGCCGAAGCGGACGAAGAGGACGGACAGAAUGGCCGGAGUGACGACCGGAGCGACCGGGGUGAUCGGGGUGACCUCAACGGCGAAAAGGAGAAGCUCGACGAGGACCAUUCGCUACGGGACGACGGUUCGCCGGAACCUCCGAAUGGAGAAAUUGUGUCAAUACUCCGCAAAAAUGGAUCCCUGCUCCAGAGCCAGGAAAUAUCCUCCAGCCAACAGAACUUCUUCCGAAUGCUGGAUCAGAAGAUCGAAGAGGGCCCAGAUUACGAUUCGAGCAGUGAAACGGAGCAAGCGCUGGAAGAGGCCCGCCUGAAUGCGCUGGUGCAGCACUGGGAGUCGGCCAGCUUGACCACGUCGAUGUGUUCUUCCACCAGUCGGUCCCUGCAGGGUACGCCGGUCCGACAGGUACCGCUCAGACAGCCUCCACUGAGGCCGCCGUUCCAGCAACCGCUCAGUGCCGAGCUGUUGUCCCAGCAGCAACUGCUGCUCAAGCAACAGCACCAUCAUCUACACCAGCAGCAACAGCACCAACAGCAGCAGCAUCUACAGCAACAGCAACAGCUGAUCCAGCAUCAGCAGCAGCAGCUACACAACCUUCAACAGCAGCAGCAGCAGCAACACAGUCUCCAAACGGCACAAGGUUCCCAGUCACAACAGCAGCAGCCAAUUCUGCACCCGAACCUCAGCAUCGGCAUGAACAGUCCGAAGCGGAUAAUCGCCACGGGUAAUGCGGUAAGUGUCGGCGGUAUGCCCCUCGGGGGCGAUGGUCCCAGCCAACGGCAGCUGCUUUCGCAAUCGAUCAUCCAUCAGAACUAUGGUGUGAUACAGCCGUCCCAGACGACGCCUCAGCUGCGUCCAAGCUCAGGUCGCACACUACCCUCGCCGGUUCAGUGCUUGCAAAUGUCCUACUACCAGCAGCAGCAACAACAAAACCAACAACAACAACAGCAACAACAGCAAGCCCAAUCCCUUAGUCAACAAUUCCAGCAGCAGCAAUCGUUACCUCCACAUUCUACGACGUCCUACUACAAUGACAUUCUGCGACAUCCGAUGCAGCUUCCACCAGUGACGCAGCUUCAACUGCAACAGCAACAACAGCAACAGCAACAGCAGCAGCAACAAAUGCAAUCACAAGUCCAACCGCAACAGCCAAUGCCGGCGGGAAUCUCGAACGUUUCGUCCUCCGUAGCGGCCUCACUCGCGUCCGCUUCGGUAGCGGUUGCCUCCGCCAGUGGUACGAGCGGUGGGACGAGUGGUGCCGUCGGUGGCCCACUUUCCAUGUCCUCCACCGAGCCCCGCUUCCCACCCGCCAUUGCCGUGCAGCGUUUAGCGCCCCAGGUCCAGCGGCAGCUACGCGAAACGCAGGAGCUGAUUAAGGAUUCCUGCGUGCAGCUGUACGGAUCUGCAUACGGGACCGGACCUGGUCCACCGACAGGACUGCCAACCGGGACCGGCUCGGUUCUGGCACGGGCCACUGCCCGCCGGCCAACGCUCGAGACACAGUAUUCGCAGGAACUAUCGUGAUAUCUAGACAAGUAGUGAAAUAUUUCCUAUAAACGACGACGGCAAAGGUGCAGCGGAUAUUGGAGGGGGAGGGAACGCCAACGCCAACAAAUCCGAUCCACUGUGUUCCGCUUGUGCUUACACAAGGUCCUUUUAGAUCACUCUUCCGAAGUAGGAGUGGUUUUAACCUUGCUUCGUGAUACAAUUCAUCCUCCCCAUCCUCUUACAGUCGCUUCUGAAGCAAACUCCAGUCACAUCUGUUUUGGUGUUGUUCCCGAACAUGGAUGAGGUUUGGCUCAACGAGAGUACAAGCUCUCAAACUGCUCUGCCAUAGGAAAAAACGGACGACUUACUUUUUUCACCUAACAAACAGUCCAUUCCGAUGCUCCACAGUCUACUGACACAGCUGAUUUUGGCGUCCGUUUGAGCCAAUGUACAUAUUAACUCAAACACUCACAACAAGAACUACAAAUGCGUCACGCAACUUUUCCCUACUACUGUGGCCACACUACGUUUUGAGGAUGCGUCGGAACACCAACCGAUCCAAACUAGUAUGCACUGAGUAAAAGAAACAAAAGGACGAUAACAGACAAAACGUAUCCACUCACAAGUACACACACGAGCACAGGAAACACAUUCAGCAAACAUUCAAUAAAUAUAGACACUAUAUGUAGUAUAGAUGAGUAAAGGAACUGUAACGGACAAGAGAACCGUAAAGAUACGAUACAUGGGGAGCGCGUUAGCUAACUCUUCACAGUAUCUAGCUUUCGGUCUUAUUUCUUCCCACCUUUUCCACAACACACAGCCAUAUACACACACACACGAAUCGUUUAGCUUGAGGAGAAAUCAUCACAAUUAGUUCCAGAACUUGUAGAGGAAGGGUUCACGACAAAGCAAAAUGAUGAUGGUUAGUAGUAACUGCUUCUAAAAAAAAUUACACCGUCAAUAGCAAGCAAAAAUAAAAACCCGGACAAAAAUUCGAAGAAAGGUAGAAAAUGAGACUUUGGAGAAAGAUGGCAAACAGAAUGGAAAGACAAAUCGGAUAUGUUGGAGGUGCGUAAAAACAGAGAAACAUUAUUCAACCUAGCUAGUAUGUACUGUUCUUUUGUUUGUUUGUUUUUUCGUUCGUAAAAUGAGCUAAAGAUAGUUUUUGAUACACUAGUAAAAGUGUAUGAAGAAGUAAAACAACAACAUAUAAAAAAGCCAAAACAAAUAGAAAUGAGAAAUGAAAUAGGUUAACACUUGUAAAACAAAUAGAAGUAAACAAACGCUUAGAAGAAUGAACAAACAACAAAAGAAUGGAGUCAUAAAACUCAAGAUAAAAAAACAGCAAUUGAAACAUUGAAACACAUUGACAAAACGUUUACGAACAACACGCAGUGUAUUGGAGAAUAGAUGUGUAAAAGCGAGAUUUUGUGGAAUAGUUGCAGUGGAUCUACUUUAUCGUUGACUUAUUUUAUACUAUUUAGUUACUUUCUACACCAAAAAAUAAAAGUAUGAAAACUUUUACGAAGAUCAUAUGAAGUCAGAUUUUUAUCAAUGUUUUUUAGUUGAGUUUUUAUUUGUUGUGAAUAAUGCGUAUAUGUUUGCAAGCAAAACAUUAAAGAAACGCAAGAGAGAAGAGAAGAAAAGCUGAUCGCAGCGAAACAGGAAUUAGGAACUAAAAGGAUUGCAUUAGGAAGUGAAGGAUAAAAAAGAAUUCGUAUUUCAUAGCUAAUAUAUAUUGAAGCAAUCUUUUCUCUUCUAAAUUUUACUUGUUGACAUGCUGAUGUGAUUUAAAAGAGACAUAACGAGAAGAAAAAAGAGAAACCCCGAAUUGAUAUCGAUUCUCCCACGUGGGGAAGGAAACGUUCGUAAUUGCACUAUACAAUUCGACUUAACUCGAUCCUUACACACACACAAACACACACUGAUUAGGUAAUUUAAAGAGAAAGAAAGAGCGAGAGAGAGAGGAGAGAUAGAACCCUAGAAUUUGUGUGUAUGUGUGUGUACUUUGUACAAAUAAAAAAUUACACGAAUAUGACGUCAAACACGAUUUCGAUUCUAAAGGCUUGUCCCGUUGUGGGAUAAUACAGCCAUGGUGUCUACAAUUAAAGGAGUUAAUGAAUUUAGCAGCACGUGUACGUGAUCAUCAGUAAGUGAACUUUCGUUCUCCAUUUUUCGUCAACGGGAUCGAACAGUCUUUUUUUCUAUCACAACUGACACGCUACAGAACUCUAAGUGCGCAAGUCGUUACAAAUUAGCCAAAUUUUAACUGAGUUCAAGCGUAAAAGAAGCCGAAACGCUUAAGGUAAUCGAUUUAUUUUAAGCUGAAGCGUACACCGGAAGGACAGUUGCAUGAUAAUUAGUAAUAGAAAACUAAAACGAGGAUGAGGCUGUCCUUAUGCCAACGCAACUCGUCUAUCGUGGAAAUCGAGGAAAAGAUUUAAAGAUGCUCCAAAGUAGAAUUAAAGUUCACUACACUCAGACACACAUUUCCUUCGUGACACGGAACGAAUAAAAAACAUGGAUGAUUUACGAGCGAGCGCGACACACUGUAUUUUACUGAUGAUUUGGUGUGUACUUAAACAGGCUACUUCGUACUGUCCACUACAUCAGUAUUGCCCAUCGAGUAAUUUCCUUCACAAUUCGCAUGGUGUAUGUGUAAGUCUCACGGAAUGGAUAAAUUUCCCGCACGAUUACCUUCUAACAGUGUCAGUGUGUUACUGGAACGGAAAAAGAAACAAUUGCAAAGAGAAAAUAAAACCCGAAACCCAACACAUACGUUUAUUUAAUGCAUAGUAAAAACGCGAAACAAAAGGAGAAAAAGGAGAAAAAAGAACCUUAGUGUAUAAGAUGUUCAGUGUAAACCAAAAAAAACAUGAAUUCAUUCAUUCGCAGAACAGAAAAGAAAGAAAGAAAGAAAGAUAUAGAGAUGCAUAGAUUCCUGCAUACUGUAGGGGAGAAAACUCAAAUUAAACUAAUGCCCAUUUUGACGAAGUUCCCUCUAUUAAGUGCACGUGAAAUAAGUAAAAAAAAUAUAUAAAAAAUAAAGAAGAGGAAGUGAAAAUGAAGAAGAGAGAAGAGUAACCAUGCCAACAAAGCCGGUUAUAGGAAAACAAACCAAAAACAAAGCAAAGUUAUCAUUCUAAUGAACAGGAUAUGUAAUGUAAUUGGAAGCAAAGGCAGUGGAGUAAAGUGGAUCGUGUCGUGCGUGUUUUCUUCUUUUGUUUUCUAUUAUUUAAUGAAAUCCGACUAUGUACAAAGCCGUGAAGAAAAUCGAUAGAGAAAAGUAAUGGAAAAUUAUAUAAAAUUCAAUAAUAAAAAAAGAAAAACGUGAAUAACAAUGGA